CGUGAAUGCGCUCUUCUUACAUUUCCAGCUUUGCAAGUUCUCCAUCUUCUUCUGACCGACGUACAGGUAAAGGGGAUUGAAGACGAGGAAAAAUGAAUGAAGAAUACGACGUUAUCGUUCUGGGAACUGGACUAACGGAAUGCAUCCUGUCUGGGAUCAUGUCCGUGAAGGGGAAGAAGGUGUUACACAUGGAUAGGAACUCAUACUAUGGAGGGGAGAGCGCCUCCAUCACCCCUCUGGAGGAUCUGUACAAGCGCUUCAGCCUUCCUGGCAGCCCUCCUGAAUCAAUGGGAAAGGGUCGCGACUGGAACGUGGACCUCAUUCCCAAAUUUUUAAUGGCCAAUGGCCAGCUGGUCCGUAUGCUGCUGAUCACACAGGUGACACGUUACCUGGACUUCAAAGUGAUCGAGGGCAGUUUCGUCUACAAAAAGGGCAGCAUCUACAAAGUGCCCUCCACUGAGACUGAAGCGCUGGCAUCCAGCCUCAUGGGACUUUUUGAGAAGAGACGGUUCCGGAAGUUCCUCGUGUUUGUUGCCAACUUUGAUGAAAACGACCCAAAGACCUUGGAGGGAGUAGACCCUAAAAAGACCUCCAUGCGGGAUGUGUACAAGAAGUUUGAUCUCGGGCAGGACGUGGUCGAUUUUACCGGCCACGCUCUCGCACUCUACCGCACAGAUGACUACCUGGAUCAGCCCUGCAUAGAUACGAUAAACAGGAUUAAGUUGUACAGUGAGUCUUUGGCGAGGUAUGGGAAGAGUCCAUAUCUGUACCCUCUCUAUGGCCUGGGAGAGCUGCCCCAAGGCUUCGCCAGAUUAAGUGCCAUUUAUGGAGGAACCUACAUGUUGAACAAACCCAUUGAGGAGAUUGUCAUAGAGAACGGCAAAGUGGUGGGCGUCAAAUCUGAGGGAGAGAUUGCACGCUGUAAGCAGCUGAUUUGCGACCCCAGCUAUGUCAUGGACCGGGUCAACAAGGUGGGUCAGGUGAUCAGGGUUAUCUGUAUCAUGAGUCACCCCAUCAAAAACAUCAGUGAUGCCAACUCCUGCCAGAUCAUCAUCCCUCAGAACCAGGUCAACAGGAAGCAUGACAUCUAUGUGUGCAUGAUCUCCUAUGCACACAAUGUGGCAGCACAGGGUAAAUAUGUGGCCAUCGUCAGCACUACUGUGGAAACCAACGACCCUGAGAAAGAGAUCAAACCAGCCCUGGACCUUUUGGAACCAGUUGAGCAAAAGUUUGUGAGCAUUAGCGAUCAGUAUGCACCAACUGACUUGGGAGCUGACAGCCAGAUCUUCAUCUCUCGUUCCUAUGAUGCCACAACCCACUUCGAGACAACCUGCGAUGACAUCAAAGACAUCUACAAACGAAUGACAGGCACAGAAUUUGACUUCGCCGAAAUGGAACGCAAGAAGAACGACAUCUUUGGAGAUGGUGCCGACCAGUAAACUAGCUCCAGCUGCUCUUGAAUAUUGGAUAUUCAGAUGAUCAUAAUCUUAACGUAAAAAAGAAAAAAAAGCCAACCAAAGUGGGCAAGCUGGCUAUCCAAGUGUAUGUUUUGCCCAUAAUGGAAUUUCAAGUAAACCGUUACAAAUUUAGCAUUUUCGGGGGAGAAGGGAGAAGGUUCUGCCAGACUGCUUUUUAUAAUCAGGAAACAAGAUACAUUUUGCACUGAUUGUUUAUCAUUGCCCUGCAUUCAGUUACCAUCAUGUGAUCUUUAUCUCAACCUGCUUAGACAUGGGAUGUGUGAAGUCCAAAAAUGCCAGUUGAUCAGAUGUAUUCAAAUGAAAUGAAGAAAUGCAUAUUUUUUUAAUUGGUGAGGGCCAUAAAAGUAACCUCCCAAAUAGAGAGAGGGAUCAGGUUUGCGAAAUUGUGAAAUGAUCUGUUGAGUUUAGGCAGGUUAACAGCACACGAUUUCCUCAAAUAAUUUUUAGGAAAAACUAUCUACUUCAAAAACAACAUCCAUGGAGUCAUUAUUCUAUUUUCCUACAAAACUGGUGCUUCAACUAGUUCAGCAUAUUUUUUUCACAAUAUAUCUCCAAUUCCUGUAUUUACAGACCGAAGGGAAAAAUCAAGCACACAAGUGUAGGUAAUCUUUUGUGUAAUCGGUGUCCAACCACGCAGUAUUUGUUUUGCAGUGCUAAUGUAAAGCUACAUUCUUUCGACAUAACUGACCCUCUGUUAGCUGUAAAUUGUGCUAUUUGUUGGAAUGGUGGGGUGCUUAUGUGGUGUUUUCCUUUAGCUUUGCCUUGCAUCUCUUUCUGAUGGUUUAUGCGUGAUUCUAAGGCCACUAACCAGGGAAGUUAUCACACGUCAACGGGAAAAGCUGCUUAACUGUAAGUCUGGGAAUCUGCUUGUCUAGUGUGUGUUAAAGGAGCUCUCCUCCCUCACCUCAGAGCAAAUGGGAGCAAGCAGUAGUUGCUGAGUACUCCACAAUGGCUCUGAUGUGUUAAAGGACCAAAAUGUCUGUGGCAGUAUUGACAUGACCGGGGCCCUGUGCAAAUUGUCACCAAUGUUUUAAACAAAUGCUGAACGAAUGGGGCUCAAAUGAUUUAUGUACUGCAAAGUAAAAAUAUGAACUUGUGGAAAACAGUGUUUUUCUUUCUUUUCAGUGUGUCGAAAUGGAGACGUUUUUCAGAGUACAUAGUGCUCAAAAAAGGAAGUGCCAAAAUGCACUUUUUUUUUUAUUUUUUUAUUUUUUUAUUUUUUAUUUUUUUUUAUAUCAGAAAUGGUCAUUAUUAAAAAGGGUGCAGUUUUAUUAGAUAAAAGUCUGUUCUAUGAAAGUGCAUCAAGUUUUAUUUUGGUGUAGGAAUUACGUCAACGCUAUUCCAUUUUAGAUAUCCUUUUGUUUCAGCUGUAGUCCUUAUAAGAGAAAAUGUACAUUGUUUAAAAAAAUAAACUUAUGAUUGCAUGCCUUGCACAUAUACACCGAGACAACGCGGCAGGUUAAUCUUUUAUUGAAAAUUUGAAUUAAAUCAGUAUUGAGUAUUAAAAAGCUUUAUUAAAAAAAAUAAGUAUUAAUAAUCUUUAUUAAAAAAAUAUUUUUUUGUUUUGUUUUUCCAUUCAACAAGUUUACAUUUUCAAAAUUGUGGUAUCAGCUCUGAGCUUUGACUGUUAGACUUUGGAGGAACUACACCUCCCAGAAUGCUAUUGGGAAUUUGCCAUAUUCAGUCCCUAGUGUCGCAAAUCAUAACAAAUCACAUGGACUCGACUCAUCUACAUAGUCUGCUUUCUCGGACUGUUUUAGAAAAAUUAUUUGUGGAGGUCAUUCCAGCCAGGUCAACAUUUUAUGAAGACAUAGCAUAGAAACUGUCAAACUGCUGGUGGAUCACAGAGAGUGUCUGUCAACCCAUCCCUGACUUCACCCUUCCAUGAGGCCUGCAUAAAGGUUGAGAUAGCCAGGGAGGAUUGUAUAUGUUGUGUGUUAUCCAUGUGUGUGUGUUCUCCUGUUGGUCAUGGAGAGCCAAUCUUUUGCAGGUAACCCAGACUGUGUGAAGUUUAUGAUAGCUAAAGGAGCACUGCUGGAGGCCUUUGACAUUUACUUUGGUACCCCUUUACAUGCUGCCUGUGCCAAAGCACACCUGGACUGUGCCCUGCUGCUACUCACUGCAGGUGCAAAGGUAAACGCCAGAAAGUUCCAUGAGACGGCACUGCACCAUGCAGCAAGAGCAGAGAGAGAAGACCUGGUGGAACUGUUGGCGAAGUUUGGUUGAGAUGUCAAUAUCAGCGAUAACUUGGGCCACAAGCCAAGAGAAUACACAAAACCUGGCUCUCCCCCUAAUCUCCGUCUGUUGCACUAUGAGAGUAUGUCUACGGUCUAUAUAAGCACUAUCAGGGUUUGGAGGGUUACACUUUUAAUGUAAUCCGUAACAGAUAACUGAUUACUUAACAAUAAAUGUAAUCAGUAAUGUAAUCCAAAUUUCAGCAAUAUGAAAAUAAUGUAAUCAGAUUACUUUUCAUUACUUUUGGAUUACCACAAGGGCACAUAUGUAAAUAAAGUCAAGAUAAAAUCAG